UUGACGUUCCUGCUUGACAUUUCUUCAUAAAUAUUCGUAAUUUGUGUACACAGUUGAACAUAACCUAACAAUAAUAAAUGAGAACAAAUAAUUAUAAAAACAAUAGUAGUUUUAAAUUUAUGUAUUGAAUUCAGUUUCAUAAAAUGUCGAUCUUUUUCAAAGUAUCGCGUAAUUUAUACGCCCAUAAGUUCGUUUAUAAAAUGAUUAUAUGUAACGAGUCAAAACGAUUAAAAAAUAAUCUUCGUUAUUUUUAUUACAACACAAAUUUAAGAGUUAAAAUGUUUUUGGAGCAUGAGAAUAAGUACGCUUAUGAAAUUAUGGAAAGCAAAGGUUAUACAAUGAGUAUAACUAAAAAUAAUGAAAAUAUAAAUCAAUAUACACCUAUUUCAGAAAAUCAGUUCAAUGAAUUAAUACAAGAAAAUUGGUCACUUAAAACACCUGAGCAACUGUUUGAUUACUUCCCAAAACUAGCUUCUUAUUGUACCAGAAAUGGAAUGUGCAUAUCAAACAAAAUAUUUGAUACUUUUGUAGACCAUUUUACAGACAAUAUAAAAUUUGCCACUGAUAAACAACUAGUGUCUCUAUUUUAUUCUGCAUGUCAAUGGCCUGAAACGGAAUCUAUCAGAACUAGAAAUUAUAUAGAAAUCUGGGCAGCAUUAGAUGAAGAAUGCUUAAACAGAAUGAAGGAAUGGAGUUUAGAUCAAUUGUUAUCUUUCAUUUCAUUAUUUUAUAUGUUAAAUGUUACAAGGUAUAGUGAUUUUUCAUUAAAGUCUCUACAAAAACUAGCCACAAAAUCUAAACAAUUAACAACUAGUCAAUUGGUACAGACAUUGUUUUUUGUUGGCAUUCUUAGAAAACCACCUUUUGAUAUGCAUUUUUUGGAAGUAUGUUUUGAUAAUACAUUUUCAGACUACACAAUAGAUGACAUUGCUAUAAUAUCUAUGGGGUUUUUCAAAAGUAAAACUCCUUUGAGAAGUGUAGAUUUAGUGUGUAAGAUAAUUGAUAAAGUUAUUGAAAAUGCUGCUGAUAUCCAUGAAGUGUCUCUUGCCGCUCUCUUGAAAAUCAUAAGAUAUUCAAUGAAAGUAGUUAAUCAUAAUAAAAUAUAUGAACUUCUGGAUGUUCUUCAACAUCAAGUACCUAGGUUAUCACAUAUGUGUAAUGUCCACAUUGCCUUACUUGGUUCCUCUACUUUAACAUUACACAAAUCUUGCCUGACCACAAUUGCUGAAAAAACUGUUGAGUCAAUGUCUGAAACAAGAUUAAAAGACUUGGAAAGAUUAGUAUUGACAUAUGGCACUUUCAACUGGAAACCUGAAAUGGAAAGAUGUUUUUUACAAGCUGUAGUAGAUGAAUUGAGAAAACCGGAAAGGAGUAGUGAAAUUAAUAAACAUGGCAGAUCAUUUGCUUGCACCAUAUCAUUUUUAGGUCUACUAGGAAUUUAUCCAAUAGAUUUGAUGAACAAAGUUUUAGACCCAGAUUUUUUGAAAAACACAUAUGGAAAAUAUUAUGUUCUAUAUGGUAGAGAAAUAUUAACUAUUAACAAUUCAGCUGAAAUAUUCUAUCCGAAUAAUAGCAUGAAUCGCUUGAAUGACAAAUGUUGUGUCUUAUUAGCUAAGAAGUACACUGACUAUGUUCCCAGUGACAAUUAUAAGAAACAAUAUAAUGUAACUGAAAGAAUGUUCUUGGAUGUCAUGCGAAUAUUAAAAGAAUCCCGUGGAGGCGAUGAUUUUGUUAUAGGUGAUCAUAUCUUACCACACCAUCAGAGAGGAGACAUAAUUAUUUGCAAUGAUUGUAAUGGAACAGCAGUUCCUGUGGCGGACAUAUUUAAAGAGAUGAAAUUUGGAUUAAUUCGUAAAGUUCCAAAUGAUAAUAAAUGGAUUGUUCUAGUAAUUGCUGGUAAAAAUGGAACAAUUCACAGUUACAAUACACCAUCUGGACAUUUUUUAAGUAAGAUCAACGAACUGAAUACUCUUGGCUACUGUGCUGCAUUGGUGCAUUGGUCGAAGUAUUCGGCAUUGGAGACAAACGAAGAUAAAUUAAAUUAUAUUAAUGAAGUAAUCAAGGAAGCAAUUAGCAAUAAAUGUACAAAGUAAUCAUCUUACAUUUUUUCUUGUAGAUAAAUAAGGGAUGGUACCUUUGAAAUUUUCUUUAACAUAAUUUCAGUGAUAAUAUACCAAAAAGAACGAAACAUAAAAAAUUUGGAUUUUUUAAAAUCUACUGACCAUUUACUACCACAUUAAGGUGAAAUCGAAAAGAUCUGAUAUAGU